AUGUCACCAGUGUUUUCAACACCAGUGGGAGCAACAAUCACACAUUUAUCUUGGCCUUGGUCACUUCAUGCGUCAUCGAAAAACAUGACAUUUUGGAAUGAUUUACUAUCGGCACUCACUCAGUUCUCAUUGUUUUCGUCAUCAACAGUCUCCACAAGUCAAAUUGGGCAUUUCGUAUCAACAUCAACAACAACAUCGAUUACAACAACACCUUCGACUACGACGGCAGCGCCAAUCACAUCAUCACUUGUAUCUUUUUAUCAAUAUUUAGAAUCACGAAAAGAUUUUACAAGUCAUUCAAAACGAUCGUUAAAUCAAUCGGAAGUUAAAAAAUAUGACAUUUCAAAAGAGAUCAGGACAAGCAAUGUUGAUAGUGAAAAUAAUGUGUCUGUAACAAUGCAGAAGGAUGUUAAAAUGUUAAGUGUAACUAGUGCCCCGCCACUCACAUCCACCAAUGAGACCGUAUUAAUUAGCAGUGACUUUUACAGUAAUUUGUCAACAGAUCUUGUUAUAAAUAAUUUCGUGGAUUGUAAUGAUUUUACGGAACAGAAACUUUUAAACAUUGUGAUUUGUUCAAUAAGUGAUGUAAAUAGUAAUUUAAUCAACAACUCGAGCAGCCAUGAAAUUAAUGUUUUUAAUGAAAGCUUGAAAAAUUUAAGUGAUAAUGCUAUAAGAUUUUAUAAUUUCAACAAUUCAUUUUACAAUGAGACGGAGGUAUCAGGUAACAACAAUACCGAUAUCAAAGCGACACAGUUUGAAUCAACCAUUUAUUUAAUUCAAGUUAUAACAACGGCUGUUAUACUAGGAAUAAUUAUACUUGCAACAGUAAUAGGUGAGAAACAUUUCAGACCUAAAUUAUUCAUAAACGUAAUGGAUAUCUGUUUAAUUAACAAUUCCUUAGGUUCGCCCAAGAAAAGGUCAUAUUUGAUAUAUGGAAUGCUGGCAAUUUACAAUUUAUGUCUACUGCUUGUAGGAGGCAAGCAGUCAUACAAUAAUCAUAAAAGUGUAGUUCAUCAAAAAUGGAGUGUAAAACGUCGCUUUUCAAAGCUCUUGAAAAAUCUCAUACAAAGAAAGAUGAAAAAUCAAUUUAAAGAUAAGAAUUCAAUUGUCAGUAAUCUUGUCACAAAUUCCAGAAAGUUAUCUAGAUCAGAGACAAACGUUAAACCAGAAAAAUCAUCAAAUAUUGAAAAGAAAGACUUUUGA